AUGUUGACCACAACUCCAUGGUCUUGGGGUCUUUUGGUCCUGACCGGCUAUCUCAUCAACCUCACCUUCGCAGCUUACCCUGAAACCACCGACGAUAAAUGCCACUGUUACAAAACCAAUACCACCUCCACAAACUACUUUCGCCAGCACAAGUUCUUCGAUUUUCGCAACCUCCAACAAUAUGCCGGAACGCCUAAUCCGAUCCCACAUGGGAGGGCAACGCCGCCGCCCUCCGCGACAUCCUCUUAUUUCAAUUCGAGCUUGUGGAAGGACAACUGGGGUAUCCAGAGCUGGAACAACACCGAACUGAUGAACUCAAACAUCAGCGACCUCAACGACGCCACAGUGCCAAUGGUCAACUCGUUCAACAACAUCUACAUCGAGCGCUCUUCUGAUCCGAACGCUAAUGGGAAGACCUACAUGGUGAUGCGAACAGUCCGGCACUCCUCCGGUGGCCCUUCCCAGCCCUCCGGCUCUGGCUCUGGCUUCCAGAGUUCUGCCGAGUUCGAAUCCAGGCUCACCUCCUACCAAUUUCUCUCGCUGCGCAUGCUCGCCCGUACGCGCGGCUCUCCGGGCGCAGUAACAGCCAUGUUUACCUACCGGCCUCCUCCUCAGCCUCAACAACAGGCGUUGGUUCAGGAAGCCGACCUGGAGAUUCGCACGCUGGAUCCGCCAAAUUAUGUGCAGUAUACCAACCAACCAUCAUGGAAUGCCACUAGUGACAUUAAUGAGGCGACGAAAAACGUGUCCAUGCCGAAUGGGAAGAAGUGGAGCGACUGGGCGAUUUACAGGAUGGAUUGGACACCAGGGCGGUCAACUUGGUUUGUGAACGGCAUUGAGGUUAGCAGGAUAAGCUUCCAGGCACCGAGGGAUCCGAGCCAGGUCAUGUUCAACGUCUGGAGCGAUGGCGGCAGCUGGUCGGGUGUUAUGGGGCAAGGAGGAAAGGCGGAGAUGCAGGUGCAGUGGAUUGAUAUGGUCUAUAACAGCACGGACGGAGCUGGGCCUGUGACUGGACCAGUGGUAGACAAGAAGGGUUGUGCCAACAUUUGCAGUAUUGACGAGACGACAAAAUUGGGAACUCCGGUGCUUAUUAGCAACCCAAACGUCGUCAUCCUCCGCCCCGUCCUCAUCCGCUACCUCUUUCUCUCUACCCUCAACCUCAACACCCAGCUUACCUUACACAGCCUCCGCCUAUUCCUCAUCCGCUACUUCUCUCCCUUCCCAACGCAUUCGUCAGCCUCUCCGCCCCAUCCAACUCCUCCGCUACCUCCCCCUCCUCCCCAACCCAGUCGUCAUCUUCCCCGUCCACUCGCUAUCAUGUUCCCCUUUUCCCCUUCCACACAGGAGCAGUACUUGUUCUAG